CUUCUUUUACUACUCUGUCACUCUACAUAACAUGGCUGAUAUGACUUCUUGCGCUCUGCCCGACGAGGCAAAAUGACAUUAGUAGCCAUGUGGCCUUGCUUGUGUCUCUUCUUGUCACUGUUUGCAGUUUGCCAAGGACAUCAACUAGGAUAUGCUCGGCUUGCAAGGGGCGCAGCGAGCUCCCACGCCGCGGAGCGCUGGGCACACGGACGGAGUCUGGCGCAAACUUCAAGCGGCUCUGGCGCCACUGAAGAUGCUGUGGAGGGUUUGAUAUCUGAAAUUCGCGAAAGCCUUCAAAACCCUGACCUCAAGCUAUACAGCCUGGCGCUGUUGGACCAACUGAAGUUGUCAUACGCAAGUACGGCAGCCACAUGCGGCGAUCCCGACGUGCAGAUCCACAUCGUGUAUGCGCUGCACAACAUGAUGCCCAUGUCGGUCGACGCGAGCAAGUGGGCCGCCAGCAACAACAACCGCCUGCUCAACGAGACCAAAACAGCCGCGGCGCUGGCCAGGCUCAACAACAGCGGCUCUGUCAGCAGCGGCAUUGAUGUUGCCGGUGGCAGCAAGGUCAACAAGACGACGGGCAAACUAAUCCAGCCGUCACUGCCGUAUAACAUUAUUGUGGACACGGUCGUGCAAGACCGGAUGCCCAGCAACCAGACGAACGUCCACUGGUUCUCGUUCGGGCCGGCGGAACCCGAUGGCUCUCAGGGCCGUGUUGUUGCCUACGACGAUUUCCAGUCCUACUACGUCGGGCUGUGGGACUGGACGCGCGGCAACGGCACUGUAAUCUUUGACUACGAGGCCCGGCCUGUGGGCCAGCUGCCCAUAGGGCUGGACCCACUGCCCUUUGAGCGCGAGCCCCUAACCUGGAUGACCACCCUGUACCGAAAAGACUGGCUGGCAGCGGCGCGGGCCCUGGUCUCGACGCCGGCCAGUGGCGGCGCUAGGACCCAGCAGCAGCAGGCGCCGGGUGUGCGGCGCUCAAUGGUAGAAUACCCCAGCCUAAACGCGUCGGCUGGCUCAGGUUUGGGGCCACAAACGAUCGGCGGGGACAGCGGCAGCGGUGGCAGCGGUACCAGCACCUCGCGCCUGCCCCCAGCCGACAGCGGCGCUGGGGCAGGAGCAUCAAGGGACGCUGGUGGCAGCAGCAUCACGGCAGCGGCGGCCAGCAGCGGCGGCAGCAACCCACGCGCGACGACACCCGCAUCAGCAGCGGCGGAGGCCCCUGCUGAGCCCCGGACAUGGGAGGAGUUGUUGACCUUGGCGGCUGCAGUGGAGGGUCGGGACAUGGACGGAGACGGCCAGCCGGACCACGGCCUGUGCCUUGACCUGGCCAGAGGCUGCAAGCUGUGGUCUCUUCUCAGCGCCGUGUACGCGUCCAUGGCCCAGACCGAGGGCCGGGCGCAGGGCGUGUGGUUUGACACGGGCUCCAUGACCCCACUGCUGGACAACCCCGCAAUGACCGAGGCCCUGGCGCUGGUGCGGCGGCUUGCGGCGCAGAGCUGGCCGCCGGCGGACUGGGACGUACUGGCGACCGGUAAGCCCGCAGCUGCCGGCAGCAGCAGCAGCAGCAGCAGCAACACCGGCGCAACUGCUGGCACCGGCAGUAGCAGUGGAAGCGCUGCUGCUAGCGCCGACAGUAGCAGCAGCCCCAGCUAUGGCGGCGGCCCUACCUAUGGCGGCGGCCCCAGCUAUGGCGCUGAUACCAGCGCCACGGGCGGGCGCCGGCGGCGGGCGCAGGACAGUGGCGGCGGCGUGCCCGUGUACGGGUCCUACGGCGGCUACGGGACCACCGCUGUCCUCACUGCGCCGGAGCAGUGGGUUGAAUCAGACACCAUCACCAUAGACGACCCACCACGGCGAGACGGCGUCGGCGCCGGGAACACCAUCAACGGCUACAACGGCGGCGGCUUCGGCGGCGGCGGCUUCGAUGGUGGCGGUGGCGGUGGCAGCACUGACGGCUCUGGUGGCAGCGGCAGCGAUGAGCUACCUGGCAGCACGGGAAUGACCGGCGGGAUGCUCUCUGGCGAGACAUUCUUCGAGACGACCUACGCUCCCAGCGCCCCGCGCAUGGCGCCUAUGGUGCCUAUGGCACCAGAGACCGGCACGGGCAACGUCAUCAACGGCUACAACGGCGGCGGCAGCUGGGCGUGGACGGACGGCGGCGGCACUGCUGGACCCACGUGGACACAGUCCGACACCACCGGUACCACUGGCGGCGGCGGCUCAGGCUUGACUAUGACUGACCCAAACGGCACAGGCGGCAGCAGUGACAGCAGCGGCUCAAGCGGGGGCAGCGGCUCGACCGGAGACGGAGAGGAGGACGGCCCCGACGUCAUUGUGGGUUCGGACGCCGGCCCGGGUUACUUGGGCUUUGGCGGCAGCACCGGCGGCGGCACCGGCGGCGGCACCGGCAUGUGGCAGUCGACACCGCUCGCGCCGGAGGCGGUGCCCAUCAACCCAACCGUCGGUGGUGAGGGCGGCUUCGACCCGACUGGUGGCUCGUCCUUCUCCUCCUCCUCCUCGUCAUCUGACGGCUCGUUGGGUGGCUCGUUCACUGGAGACUCUGCCGGUGAUGGCGGCAGCACCUCUGGUGCCUCCGGUAGCAGUUCCCCAGCAUACAGCUCCCAAAGCACCCCUGGCGCCCCGCCAAGGAGGAAUUUCAACACCACGGGUGGCUUUAACCCCAGCGGCGGCAUUGGCAGCAGCGGCACCAUCGCAUACGACAAUCCGCAGGAUCCGCCGACCACUACUGACGGUGGAAGCAGCAGCAUUACAGGCAGCACGUUGGAGACCACCAGCGGCAACACAGGCGACAUGUGCCCGCCCGUCAACCCGCACUUCAAAGCAGGCAAGUGCUUGUUCACCAUCGAUUGGGCGCACGUGCUGUCCUACCUCACCAUGCCGGCCGCGCCGCGACUGGCGGGCCGCCUUGGUGUGGCUGCGGCGCCCGGCAGCGACCGCGUAUGGCUACGGCCGCCGCCCUCGCAGCCGCCGGCAGAGUACUUCAAAGAGCUGCAGUCUAAGAAUCCCAAACUGAACCGCCCGGAUGCCGCAAUUAUUAACGGCACUGCUAACAGCACUGCAAACGGCAGCACUGGCGGCGUCACAAGCGGCCACCGGCUUCUGCAGCAGGCUGCUGGCAACGCCUCAGCACCCAAUACCACGGCGCUGGCUGCAACACUGGUGUCUUGCAAUGCAACCGGCCGCUGCCGGGGCUUCAACAUCGCCACCAAUGCCACCAACGCCACCAAUGCCAGUAGCCCAGUCAACCGCGUCCCGCUGACGGCAGUGGCAGGGUUCUACCUGUUGCAGGGCGAGCCGCGCCAAAUGACCGCCCGCCAGUCGGACGCGGUGUACGAGGUGUUGCAUGAGCUUGCAUACGGCCUGCUGACGCCGUACGAAGGCCUGGUCAAAGGCUGUCGUACUUAUGGCGCAGCCCGCAGCGCCAACGCCAGCGCCACCGUAAAUUUGACGGCCGCGGCGGGCCUUCAUCCGGCGGACUGGCCGGGCGUAUGCGACACGCUGCUAGCGCUGGAGGCGGGCAGUGCAACAUGGGGUGCCCAAGACCUGGGGAUGCCGCACAGCUCCGCCUACCGAGUGGCCCUGGAUGAGGCCGCGUUCCGGGCCGCGCGGGCCGCCGUGGUGGCGCCGGCGGCCCUGCCGGGCACUGCAGCGCUGGACCGCGCGCUGGCUGCAAACCUGAGCGCCGCGUUCAGCUUCGUGCUCACAUCCAUCCCCUUCCCCCGCACGCUCAUGUCUAUGUACUGGGCCUCCAUUGGCUACACGCCGCCAGCCAACACGCCCUCCCUCGCGGCCGACAUCGCCGCCGCCGCGCCGCCGCCGCAUGGCGUCACCCUGAGCAGCGGAGAGCUGGCGAUGGUUGUGGUGGUGCCGGUGGUGCUGCUGCUGCUCCUGGUGGCGGCGGCGGUGGCGCUGGUGCUUCAUCGGCACCGGCGGCACCUUGGGCUGCUGAGUGGCAAGGUGCUGCCGCCGCGUCACGGCCCCGAUGUCACCCUCGUCACCACCGACAUCCAGAACUCCACCCUGCUAUGGGAGAUGCUGCCUGCUGAGGUGAUGAACACGUGUCUGUCUAUCCACCAUGAGGAGGUGCGGCGAGCGCUGGAGGCCCAUGGCGGCUACGAGGCCAGCACAGAGGGUGACGCAUUCAUCAUUGCCUUCCACUCGGCCGCCGCCGCGCUGGCCUUCAGUGUGGAGCUGCAGCACCGCCUGCUGGACGCCGACUGGCCGCCGCUGCUGCUCGGCACCGCAGACGGCAGCGAGGUGUGGGCGGCGCCAAACCCGCAGUUAUCCGAGCUGCUGAUGGCCGCGCGCGCGAGCAAGGCGGGCAACGAGGCCGGUGGCUUCAGGAAGUCUGGCGGCGGCAUGACGGCGGCCGCGGCGGCCCGCGGCACGCCAUGCGCCCGCGCCGCGGCUGGCGUGGACAUCAUGCUGGGUGACAAGCCGCCGCAGCAGCAGCCACAGCCGCAGCAGUGGCAGCCGGAGCAGGAGCCGCAGCAACAGCAGCACAACACGCUAGCCGGCUACCCUUCCCUGUCUGGCUACGUGGCCGGGCCCGGGUCCUUCCCCGCCACACCCAUGGCCGCGAUGGCUGGUGCUGGCGGCGCGAGCGCGUUGCUGCCCGCCAGCAGCUUCCUGAACGGCUCCACCGAAAGCAACUGGCGCCGCUCCUUUGACAGCCCCUUGCCAGCCGGCGUACGGGGCAGGGACGCGCGCUCCCUCCCCUCGCCCCACACCAGCCAGAACCAGCUACAGCAGAGGCAGCAGGCACAGACUAGCUACGCCGCUACGGAGGCCGUGGGAGAGCAGCAACAGCAGCAGGAGCAAGCUGCGUCGCCUGUCAUGCCGGCCGCUGCUUCCACGGCUGGCGCCGAUAAUCGUCAGGGGCCGCAGCAGUCGCUCGGCGCCAGUAGUGGGCUGUGGUGGGGCGCCGUCACGCGCGGCUUGCGGCAGGCCACGGGCGGCACCCAGCGUGCAGGUGCGUCCGCCGCUGACGCUGCCGACAGUGGCAACAGCAGGGGCCCUAGCUCAUUUGGAAGCAACAGCUCGAGCCGGCCAUUGGCGUCCGCCGCAAGUCAGGAGGUUCGUGGCGCACCACAGCUGCUCGGCCCCGCCGGCCCGGUUGCUGAGGCCGCCGAGCAUACCGCUGAUGCCGACGCCGCAGCUAUUGCCGCCGGGUCGGGCCAGGCGCACACACGUGUUGACUCCGGGGUGCUGUCGGCGUGCGGCCACGUCAACCAGGCGGUUGUGGCGCAGGCGCUGAGCGAGCCGUCGCCCUGCGCGCCGCAGCAGGCGCAGCCGGCGCAGCCGGCGCAGCCAGGUGCGGUGGAGCAGGCGGUGGGCUCGGAGGUGCGCCGCGGCUCGCCAGUGUCGCCGCAGCAGGUGGGGGCAGCGCCGGACGUCGCGCCGCCCGCCCUGCACUCGGCGCCGCAAUGUGCCGAGUAUGUCGGGGUGGAGGCGGGCGCGGAGGGGACUAACAUCCGCAUGGGCAGCCGCGGCCACCUGCCGCGCUGGCGGUCGGGCCAGCACCUGCAACAGCUCCACUCGGCGUCCGGUGCGGCGCUGCUCGAAGACGGCUCCUCCCCUUUCACCGUGGCGGGGGCCGCCGGGUUCGGUCUUCACGGUGACGCCGGUGCUACUGCCACACGCACUGUGGGCUGCGGCAGUAGUGCUGCAGGCGGCGCGGGGGAUGAGUCCAUGAGACUGGCGCUGGCUACGGCUGUGUUUGGGGCAGGCGGCAACAAUGCGGGGCUGGGGCGUGUGGGCGGCUUCCGGCGACUUCCCUUUAUGAGCGCACACGCGGGCGGCUUCGGUGGCGGCGGACCCGACAAUGAGCGACUGUCGGGCGCAUUCCGUGCAGGGGACGACCUGCCCGUGAGCGGGCCGCUGCGCACCAGCGCCUACAACGGCCAGGGGUACGCCACCGGCCACCAUCAUCACCACCACACCGGACAGCAGCACCACACGCACACCAGCAACACGCUGGCGCACCAGACCAGCCGCUUUCUCACGCGGCUGCGCGGCGACUCAAGCACCAGCGGUGCCGCGGGCGAGGGCGUCGGCCGCGACAGCGAACCCCGCGGCCAGCUGGAGCUUCUGCUGAACAAGCUGCUGACGGCGGCCAGCAUGGGCCGCAUACCCGCGGCCAACCUAAUGGCCACCUUCCAGCAGCUCUGGAGCGCGGUGCAGGCCCCCGAGGAGCCCUGCGACCCGCACGCCCCGCUCCAAGUGCUCUCCAACUCGGCCAACUCAUUGAUCGAGGACGGCGUGGCGGUCUCGCCCAUCCUGGCGCUGCGGGGCAUGCGGGUGCGCAUCGGCAUGCACUCGGGAGUGGCGCCCUCGGAGGUGGUGGAGACGGCGCGCGGCUGCUGCGAGUACCGCGGCGCGGUGCUCGCCCGUGCCAAGGCCGUGUGCGACAUGGCGGGCGGCGGCGUCACGCUGCUAACGGAGGCGACGCACGCCGCGUACCGCUUGGGCCGGCACAAGCUGCCGCUGAUCCAGGUGUUGCAUGUGGGCUCGCCACUGGGCUCACCCGCGGCAGCCGCACCACCCAUCGGCGCUGGGGAUGCCUCGGUGCGGCCGCGUGCGGCCAGCUGCCGCUUCGUGCCGCAGAACACGACCGCGGCCACACCCAAAGGAGCCGCUGCGGGCGCGGCAGGCGCCGCGUAUGACGGCCCUGCGUCGCCCUCGGGUGCCACCCCUGAAUGCGCGGGUGUGGCCGCCGGCGCGGCGCCGCAGCAGUCCCAGGAGCUCUUGUGUGUGACGGAUGCCCGACUGCUACCACGCCACGGCCUUGUGUCGCCCUUCAGGCCCGGCUACUACCUGGAGCCGCUGUCCUCUCUGGCGGCACCACUGGGUGACAUCACCGCCGCCUUCAUCUACGUGUCGGGCGUCAAGGCAUUGAGGCAGUGGGACGCGGCAGUGCUGGUGGAGGCGAUGGCGCUGCUGCACGCCACCAUCAACCGCACCGUGGCGGCGGCGGGCGGCUACGUGGUGGCGCAGGCGGCGGAGGGCAUGAGCCUGGUGGUGUUCCCCGGGAGUGGCGCGGAAGCCGUGGCGUGGGCGGUGGAGCUGCAGGAGGCGGCGCUGGAGCUGCCCUGGCCGGCGGCGCUGCUGGAACAUGACUACGGCGAGGAGGUGUGGCGAGAUGGCAGUGUGGUGCUGCGCGGCCUGCGGCUGCGUGUGGGACUGGAGACGGGGCCCGCCACUGCGCGCUUGGUGCCCCGCACCGGCCGCCUGGACUACACGGGCCGCACCCUCAACCGCGCCAGCCGCAUUGCGAGCAAGGCCGCCGCGGGCACGGUCCUGAUUAGCAGCGGGCUGUGGAAGCGGGCCCUCGCCGUCGCCAACACCGUGAGCUCCAACAGCUCUGCCGUUGCACGUUCCCGCACUGCCGGUGGUGGUGGCGGCCCAACCAGUGCUCGUGAUGCAAGCGGUGGCCACGAGGGCGGCCAUGCCGGCAAACAGCUGCAGCAGCUGCAGCAGCAACAUCAAGAGCAACACCCGCAGCAACCGGUCAUUGGAAGUGGCGGCAGCACCAGCAACAGCCACGACCAAACCGACAACACCAGUGUCUGUGACCCCUCUCCCGAGCACAGCGGCAGGAUGCCGGAGUUGCCACGUUCCAAGCCUUCCAGCCCAGCGACAAGACACGUCAGCGAGCAACAGUGCCCCGGCUUAGCUGUCCUUGUUGGGCGCAACGCUGCCGCUGCGGCAGCCGCGCCGCCAUGCGGUGGUGCCACCACCGCUGUUGCCGACGGCGGCAGCUGCCGCCGUGUCGGGGUCACGGGCUGCAUGGCGAGCACUAUGGCGGCGGCGUGCAGCGCACAGGCGGCCCACGCGGCAAGUGUGAUUCGCGAGUUGGUGGGCAGCAGCCAGGGCCGUGCGCUGCUCAAGGGCGUGCCGGACCUGGUGGAGCUUGUGCAGGUGGAGAGGCCCAGGCUGCUGCCGCUGGCGGCACUGGAGGAGCUGGAGCAGCUGCUGCGCCGGCACAGCUCACGCCUGGCGCCGCUGAUGUGAGGCGCGAUCAGCGCCUCUGGGGUAGCUUUCGUAGGUUCGCUUGGGUGGCUCACGUAGGUCCCGUUUUCGGCAUUCCACUUGGGUUUGAAUGACCUGUUCUUGCAAGGCACGCCGCGUGUGGUGUCGAACGGUCAAGGGUCAAGGUUGUGUGUACUCCAGUCGCGUUGUGCAGCUUGAAAGGAUCCAUCUCAUGUGUGGUAAUCUACACCCUGCUGUUGUCUGAGCCCGUGUCAAUUCGUUUCAAGUUACACAUAGCUUUAGCUAGUCGGCCGCAGUACGCAUGCUCGUUUGGGUUAGUGUGGUCCAUGCGUGCCCACCUGUGUCGACAGAUACGCGGGUUGUCGGACGGAGGUUAAGCCUUGCGUACCGACGGAUGGUGCUUCAUCGCUUGAGGUCCAAGCGGCCCCACUUUUUGCCCAAGCAAUGCAUGCAUAAAGUGUGACACCCACGAGGAGAAUUAGCUCGUGCCGCCAAUGUGAAGAGUUUUCCCCCAUGCGUGAGUACCAUAUCAAACAUUCUGAUGAGCUGCGGUGUCACUGCGGUGUGAUUACGCAAAUUAUUACCGUACUUGUGCAGUGCGUUUAUGCCCCCUCCUGCCGCCGCGCUGCAGUCGAGCGCGGUACCUCUUGAUGCUUUCACGUGUUUACCUGCCUGCCUCUGAACAAGAGGCGCCAUGCAUUAUCGUGCUAGCCAGCCUAAAGCUGCCAUUAUAUACUUUGCGCAGUCAUGGAGUGUCGGCCCAGCAGGUGUCCAAGAUCGAGUGUAGCCUUGCGAUACUCAUUAUGGUACUCAUCGUGUUAAAGGUAUUCGCAGUUGUAAGCCCGCCGUUAC